AGCAACACGAUUACGUCAUCAUCCCACGCCAGUUAAAAUAAAAUUGCGCUGCGGAGUGUAGCCUACUUUGUGAGAUCAAUUUGAGUUACAAUCAUUAAAAAUGAAUGAGUCUACAGUCGAGUGUGAAGUAUUAGAGAUGCAAAAAUGUCAGGAUAGAUUGCGCUGCUUGGAAGAGUUGACCGAAUUUACUACUAACUGCAAGAAUCAGUUGGACGAACUGAUCGAGACGCUGGGAUGGACUCGAGAAAAGGCCCAGUCUCAGGAAUCAAUAGAAGUGUGUCCGUACGACCCCAACCACAGAGUUCCCAGUAGGCGCAUGGAGAAACACAAAGCUUCCUGUCAGCUCAGCAAAAUGGGCUAUAGCCAAGAGGAGCAGGCCGAGAUGUUGGACCCUUCCGUGUGCUAUGAGAAAUCCAACAUCACUUGCUUUACUAUGGACAAACACACACAGCAGCAGGUCAUCCUCCAGGCAAGAGCAAGUGCACCUCCGUUGAGGAUGGAGGGACUCUACAGCCAAGGUGAGUUCUCCAAAGACCCUCCAGAUGUUCCUCAGAACCACAAGCGUGCAACUUCUGACCUCACUGUGGCCGACCGAUUGGCUCUUUAUGAUCAUGUGACGAGAGUAACCAGCCAACAGAAAGAGCAGGCCGAGGCCUCCAACAAUGAGGACCUCUACAUAGAUUUGGUCGCCAAACUCAAAAAGGGUGAUGAUCAGAAUGGGCCCAAGUCUCACCUGGAGCUGAUGGCUGAGAUGAGGGACUACAAGCGGCGACGGCAGUCCUACCGAGCCAAGAAUGUCCACAUCACCAAGAAGUCCUACACUGAGGUGGUCCGUGAAGUGAUUGAGGUUCACUCUGGGGAACUGGCCAGACAGUGGAAAGACGAGCAGAGAGAAGUGGAGAAGCUCGGGGAGACAAAACGUAACUCUCAUAGAAGGAGGUCGGAGGACAGGCGCUCUCCGUCCACCGAGUCCCGGCACUCUCACGUCGGCCCCAGGGAGGGACACCGCAAAAGCCACCGCAGUACGGAACGCAGCCGGGCAGUCAGUAAAGAGCACAGCCGGGCAGGCAGUAAAGAGCUCAACCGGGCAGGCAGUAAAGAACGCAGCCGGGCAGGCAGUAAAGAACGCAGCCGGGCAGGCAGUAAAGAACGCAGCCGGGCAGGCAGUAAAGAACGCAGCCGGGCAGGCAGUAAAGAGCGCAGCCGGGAGCCGAGCCAGGAGCACAGACAGAAGGAGAGCAAGAAGAAGAGAAAGAGGGAUUCCCGUUCCCCGGACGAGAGACAUCAUGACAAGAAGAAGAAGAAGAAGAAAAAGGACGACAAAGAGAAAGAGAAAGAAAAGUGAUUUGGUCGUUUUCAGCACCUCUGAGGACAAGUAAAAUGCGGUCAACUUACCUUGGAAAGACUAAAAGAUUUCUUGUAAAUUCAAUGUAAACUCUAAUUAAAUUAGAAUUUUAGAUUUGA